AUGAGAGAGAAAAUAGGUGACUUGAUAACUGUUAUGCUGUCUCUACUUUUAUUACUGUUACUUUUGCUCUCAAGUUACACAAAAAGUGUGGAUCUGGAAUUCUAUUUGGAUACGCCAGAAGUAAUCAAGUCUUGGGGUUACCCAGUGGAAGUUCAUAAUGUCACCACAAAAGACGGUUUCAUACUUCAACUUCAUCGUAUCCCAUAUGGUCGAGACAGUCCGAUAUCAUCCCUAGAUGACCGUCCACGACCAGUGAUAUUCCUUCAACACGGUUUUCUCUGCUCUAGUUUUGAUUGGGUCGCCAAUUUGCCUCAUCAAAGUGCUGGAUUUGUGUUCGCUGACGCCGGUUUUGAUGUGUGGUUGGGCAAUUUCCGCGGCAACACAUACAGCCGAAAGCAUGUCACUCUGAAUCCGGACAAAGAUCGAGAGUUCUGGAAUUGGAGCUGGGACCAAAUAUCUAAAUAUGAUUUACCAGCAAUGAUUGGGAAAGCGUUGGAAGUCAGUGGAGCAGAAUCUUUGUAUUAUACUGGAUUCUCCAUGGGUACAUUGACGAUGUUUGCCAAACUUUCAGUUGAUCCUUCUUUCAGCCGCUACAUAAAGAAAUACUUUGCACUUGCUCCAGUUGGCACAAUCAAAUAUGCUCGAGGUGUGUUUUCAUUUCUUGGAAGACAUUUUGGAGCAAAUUACCAAGAGUAUGUGACUAAAUAUGGGUCCGAUGAAUUGUUUGGAAGUUCUUGGUUGUUCAAAAAAAUAGUGAAGUAUACAUGUGGAUUGUUUGAUACUCUGGAGGAACUAUGUUCGGAUAUUACAAUGUUGUUCGUUGGAACGUCUAGUGAGAACUGGAAUCAAACUAGGGUCCCUGUUUAUUUGGCUCAUACUCCUGCCGGAUCUUCUAGUAAUGUUAUGGCACAUCUGGAUCAAAUGUUUUCGUAUGGUGGAAUACCUGCAUACGAUAUGGGAGAGGAGAAAAACGUUCAAAAGUAUGGACAGAAACUGCCACCGCAAUACAACUUUACAAGUAUUUCCGACAUUCCCAUCCAUUUAUUUUGGAGUGAAGACGAUUGGCUAUCGACGAAACAGGACCUGCAAGAGACGUUGUUCACACAGUUGAAUCCCCAAGUCGUUCAGGUAACAAUUUCUUUUUUUUUCACCAUCUCAUUAGGAAGCUACCAGAUUUCAAACUACAAUCAUCUGCAUUUCAUAUGGGGAACAGAUGCUGUCGACAAAAUUUAUAAGCGGAUAAUUGACAUUGUUUCUGUUGGUCUGACUUGA